CGCGGAAGGGCAAAACCCCUUGGAUUCCGCAGCGCUUUCCUCCCGAUUCGAUUAUAUUCCUCCCGGAUUCCGCCGCUCCUUCUCCGAGUUCCAAUGGCGUACUACGGCGCCGGCGGCGGGUGGUUCGUGCCCGGCGCCGAUGGCGGGCGGGGGUUCCCGUGGGGGAGCGUCGUCGUUGGCUCGAGCGGCAACGGCGGGGAGAGGGAGACGCUGGCGGCGGUGAUGGCGAGGAGGGCGCCGCCGCCGUCGAUGAUCCGGCGGGACGCGAUGCGCGCGGCGGAGGCGGCGGCCGGCGAGGUGGUGCUGCGCGUGCACCCCACCCAGGAGGCGGAGCGCCGCCGCCAGGACGUCAUCGACUACCUCAAGCGCCUAAUCGGCUCCUCCGUCGGCUGCGAGGUAUUUGCAUUUGGAUCAGUCCCUCUGAGGACUUAUCUACCUGAUGGCGAUGUUGAUAUAACUGUACUGGGGAACACAUGGUUAAACAGUACAUUCAUUGAUGAUGUCCGUGCUGUACUCGAGUCAGAGCAGGAGGACUGUGAUGCCGAGUUCAAAUUAACAGGCUUGCACUUCAUCAACGCUGAGGUUAAGCUCAUGAAAUGUGUUAUUGAGAACAUUGUUGUGGAUGUCUCUUUCAACCAGAUUGGUGGUGUAUCCACAUUCUGUUUUCUUGAGCUGGUUGACCGUCAGGUUGGGAAAAACCAUUUGUUCAAAAGGAGCAUUAUGUUAAUCAAGGCUUGGUGUUACCAUGAAAGCCGCAUAUUAGGAGCUCAUCAUGGACUCAUAUCGACUUAUGCACUGGAAACACUUGUUCUUUACAUAUUCAACAUGUUCCACAAAUCUCUGCACGGUCCUGUGGAGGCCUUUUAUAGGUUUUUGGAAUAUUUUAGUAAGUUUGACUGGGACAAGUAUGGAAUUAACUUAAAUGGUCCUGUUGAUUUGUCGCUAUUGCCAAACUUAAUUGUUGAGCCUACAGCAGGACAAGAUGAAUUAUUGCUUGACAAGGAGUUCGUUCAAGGCUUUCUGGAUAGACUUGUUGUUAUUCCAAACGAGUCUGAUGGAUAUGACACACAAUUUCGCCAGAAGUUUUUGAACAUAAUUGAUCCACUCAAGGGAAACAACAAUCUUGGCAGAAGUGUCAGCAAAGCAAACUUUUAUCGCAUACGGAGUGCUUUCUCAUUUGGAGCACAAAAGCUUGGUCAAAUUCUCAUGUUAUCUCCUGAGUUUAUUCGCAACGAAAUUUAUGAUUUUUUCGCAAACACACUGAAGAGACAUGGAAAGGGAGAAAGACAAGAUAUUGGCAACAGUUCAUUCCAAUCCUUGCUUGGUCCUGAAAAUGCACUUAGUGAUGAUGGGUCAAGGUUGAAAACUUCUUGCAUGAAUGAUGGUGCAAACAGAAGUGACAAGGAUUUGAGUGUGACAGAUGCGCAUAAGAAUUCAGAUAAAACUCCACUUCCACCCUUCUUGCUAUCGAAUAUGCUGGAUCUCACAGGCGAUUUGGAUUUGCACUUGGGAUGCCUUCGCAAAGUUCAGUACCACCUGGAGUCCUUGUUUGACGAACUCCUGCCAGCUGUUGAAGAAGCUUGGUUAGCUGGGGUGCUAAAUGAGGAUUCUUUCAAGAUUCCGACAAUGAUCUUCAAGUCAAGGUCAAAAGCUAGCGAAGGCUUAUCAUUAGCUUCGUCUAUUGACAGCGAAAGAAGGAAAUUAUCUCCAGUUUAUUGCUCUCAUAGCACAAGAGAUGACUCUCAGCAACCACAUGUCGAGGCCCUAGUGGAUGUGGUUUGGGUGCAGAAUUUGCAUUUGUCCUCCAACGGAUCUGCAUUGUCUUCAUCUCCUUCGACUAAUUCAGAUAACUAUCCUGUUUCUUGGUUUUGCGUCUCUCCUAAGUCACGGGGAACUGGCACAUAUAUUCCCAAAGUGGUAAGAACCCUUAGCAUGCUAUCUUAUUUAUUUGUACUGGUACUGUAUAUUUUGCUUUCAGUAGAUUCACUCAGUUCUUGCUUUAUGUAUUAUGCACCAACUGUCUGCUAUGAUCUAUAUCACCCCUUCUUUCCUUCCAAGGAUAAAGAAUUCUUGUCGGAUACACAGAAGGUUUCAAAUUACUAUUCGUACCAGGAUCGCAUGUCCCUUGAAAGAGAUGUCGUGCGAGAAAGAAAGCAAAGACAGAGGGUACCUGGUCGUCAGUACUACUCAGCUGAGCAAGGAUAUUCCAGUUCACAAACUGAGCACGCCACAGCUCAAAAUCAAUCGCCCAAGAUGCAGACCAGUUCGCAACAGAAUGGUAAUUCAAGCAAGAUCCCAGUUCCAAGUGGAGAUUUAGUUGAUUUCAAGGAGCACGUAGCAACAGACGGUGGAACCAAACAGGCAGUAGGAAAUUUUGUUGAGAACGGCAAACAGACAAGUCCACCAUCAUCGUCAGGGAUAGUACUUCCUCACAAUGGUCAAGGAAAUCCCUCGGUAUUGAAUAGCUGUCAGACCUCCUCAUCCGCCACAGCCCAAGAGAAUCUUGAGUUUGGAUCGUUCGGGCCUUUCUCGUUGGAACUUGUCUCGGCGCGGUUCGAGGAAGCAUUCCCAGCUCUCCCCGCUAGAAAGAGAGUUGAAGAAGUGCCUGUCCCCGCCACCAAGGGACCAGCUGAUGAAGACCCUGCCCCCGCGGUGCUGAACACUGACGCUGUUGAAACCGAAAGCAGGUCACAAAAGGUGUACCAACUGAAAGAUGAAGCUGAUUUCCCCCCGCUCCAAGCUGGCUGCCGCUGAGACUGACAAGACAUAAUAUGAUCCAACAAGCUAAUUGUAGCGGUAGAAAGUGAGAGGGGGAAGCUGGAGGAGUUACAGCAGUAUGUCGGAUAGGUGCCCCAGCAGGAUUUUCGUCCGGCUGCACACUAAGUUGAUGCUAUUGAUCGUCGUGGAAGCAGUGCGGUGCCGUGUAAAACGAUAAUAAUCCUUGUUUCUCUUUUCCUUUUUUUUCCCCUUUUCAUUUGUUUUUGUUGA